UUUUUUUGUAGUCACUAUGCAAACUCGACAAAUUUUCAUCGCUAAAAUCUAUCGACCGAAAGAAAACCAAAUUUAAUUGUGCGUUGCAAUCAAGGUACUAACUACAAAAUAUGAUGUCAGCUCAAGAAACGGCAGAUAAAUUGAACAACAGCCUACCAAUUCAUUUGACAGCUUCAAAUGUACAGCAGAACCCAGAAUUUGUAAAAUUGUUAAUGUCACUAACAAGACAUCUGACAGACGGUGGCAUGUCAGUUGCUGUUCAUAAAGACAUGUUACAGGCUGAGGAUGCUUUAAGAGAACAAAAAUUGAAGUACCUUCAGAUUUGGACAUUGUACUCAGAGCUAAAGGAUUUGUUGAUUGAAUAUGACAUAAAGAAACAAGAUGUUCAUCCCAGUUCAGCCACAUUACAACUUUAUGAAGCCCUGAAGGUGUCGCUUGCACAGGCAGAGGCACUUGACUACAUAGAUUUCCACCCUGAAGGAGGUGAACAAUCUGCAACAUUGCUUGGACUGAAAGCAGAACAACUACUUGCAGGAGAACAUCAGAGAAAGUCCUUACACCAAUCUUUUCAACAGAGUAUUAUUCCUGAACUUGAGACCAGGUUGAGAAGCAAGUGUGAAACUUUAGCAAGUUUUCACAAACCAACAAAACAAGCUGAGAAUGAACAGUUGUCUUUUGCUAAAGCUACCCAGUUACCAGCAUUUCUUGAAAAUGAGAAACAGUUGUUGGACCAAGAAAAGAAGCAGUUGCAUCAUAAUCACAUGCUGAGAGACAAACAGUUUACACAAUUAUAUGAGGUUUUAAUGCAGUCACUUCAAAUUCUACAAAAACUAAUGGCAGACCAUCAGCUGCAGUCUCAAGCAAAACAUGAUCGGGUGAUGGCAGAGUGGUUGGCUGCAAAGUGUGAUGCUAUGUGCCUGAAAGUCAGAGUACUUCAAAAUCAGAUGAUCAGGGACACAUACACUCCUGAAGCAAUUCAAGCUCUUAAAAGAAUCAAGGCCUCUUUAAAGGACGCAGAAGAAGAGAGCACUGCCGAGUUUCACCGACUUACACAAACACUUCUAGCUUACGAGUCAGUUGGAAUGGGUUUUGAUUCCCUUGUUCAGCAAUACACUACACUCAUGGCGGAGAUUGACAACAAGAAAUGGGCGCUGAGCGAACUGCGACAAAAUCAAGGAAGCGAGUUGGACGACUUGUGGAAUCAGCAUUAACGUGAAAACAACGGAACGGCGUUCCACUUGAAAAGAAGGUUUCAGCCAAACUUCAGCUUCUUUGUGAAGCAGUUAGCGCGAUCACGGAAAUGAAAACAUCUUAAAUUCUCAAAUUAAAGAGAUAUCUUCCCUUUCAUAGAUGAGAUGUCAAAAAUUGAAUUGGACGUGAACCUGUUGGAGAACGUUGUUUGAGAGACUUCUUAUAUUGUCUCCCUGCAGCAAAGAUUAUUCAUUUUUAGAAUACUUCUCUUCACGAGCCGAUGAUAUAGGUCGCGAAGUUUACAUUUUCAACCUGACUCGAUAUACGAAUUAUGCUGCAGCUACUUUAAACAUAAGUUUGAAUAUAUACGAUUUCAGUGACCCAGUUACUUGUUCGUGAAUUACAAUCAGUGUUUCGAGAUUCAUCUUUUUAAAAAGUUUUUCCUUUUAAAUCUGCAUGGUAACUUCAGAGCCACCUUAAUUUUCGAUAAUCUCUUCAAGUUUACAUAAGAUAAAGUGCAGUGGAAUCGCUAUAACAGAGAAUUGCUAUUUGAAAAUAACAUGACCAUUUUGAGCCACCUUACAGCAUAUCAGGAAGAUGCGAUAGCUUGCAAUGGAGUUUUUUCCUUUGAAAAUCUCGGCUGUUGCAAAACCUCAUUUUCUUAACAGUUUUAACAUUCCUCGAGUUUCACGAUUUAUUGAAAGUGUUCCCAGUGCAUAGAAUUACAGUGCACACACAUCUUUUAAAAUCUGCAUGGAUAAUGUAAUGAAAUCUUCUGCUUGUUCUUUUGUGGUAACGUGUGGGAAAUAUUCCACGGCCCAGUAAAGUCUACCGUCCACCGUCAGGAUGUUGUUACCGAAAACGUGGCCCAGUCUCUCUCCUCUCAGACCAAAGUACAUUCCGGCAAAUUUGAACGGACACUCCCCACCCUGGCUCGUCUGGAGGGCUCCGCAGUUAGUGAUAGUGAUGAUCUGGCUCCUACGGCCUUCGUUAUUUUCAUAAUUGUGUAAAUUACAAUACGCUUUGCUACCAGAACAAUAAUAAAGCUUC